AUGGAACGAGGAUUUGACAGCGAGUAUUUCGAUCAAGGCUUGACCGCAUAUUUCUCUGGUCAAGUUAAUCCCGAUCUGCUACAGGUCGGCUUCGCUGAGAAUGAAGCAAUCCCUGCUGUGAAGGCAGUGCUUUCAUCACCGGAUACCAUGGCGGCACCUGAAUCACACCGAUCGCCAUCUCUUUACGAUAUCCCACCGUUUAUCGCCGCACAUAUCCCUCCUCAAGGCAAUGUUGAUGAGAUAGACGUCAACUCUCGUGAGAAUGAAGCAAACCCAGUUGUGAAGGUUGAGCCUUCGUCGCCGGAUACCAUGGCGGCACCUGAAUCACCUCGAUCUCCGCCGCUUUACGACAUUCCACCCUUUUUCGCCGCACCCGUCAUCACCCCGCCACAACCGGCGCCUGAAGAGAUGGAGCGACCAAUCCCUUCUCGCCAGCCUUCACCUCGAACCAGCCCCCAGCGAAACCCCCUCAGAAGUCCCCUCAACGGUCGCGGCACCCGCCGCGAUCUCCAGUUCUUCAUUAACCGCGGUAACCAGCGACGCGCGACUAGUCAGGCUCAAUUGUCCCGUCGACAUCGAAUGCAAGAGCAGCAAUUCGAGCUGCGACGGUAUCAGCGUCAUGUAGACGAGCUCCAACGACAGCAUGAGCAGCGGCUGCAAGACGAGGAGAACGCGCCUUGCAACAGCAUGCCUGUGUCGCGGAAGCGUAGGUACCAUGGUGCGCCGCGGUAUGUUGAGAGAUUCAGCGUUCGAGAUGAAGAGGAACGUGGUCGUCUGAGCCCAUAUGACUUCCAUUAA